AAGAACCAAACGGAAGCAGACAGAUCAGAACGAGAGUUUCUAUUGGACAAAUGCAGGGUGGGUUCCUCCCCGUUUUCCCUUUAAAGAACCAAACGGAAGCAGACAGAUCAGAACGAGAGUUUCUAUUGGACAAAUGCAGGGUGGGUUCCUCCCCGUUUUCCCUUUAAAGAACCAAACGGAAGCAGACAGAUCAGAACGAGAGUUUCUAUUGGACAAAUGCAGGGUGGGUUCCUCCCCGUUUUCCCUUUAAAGAACCAAACGGAAGCAGACAGAUCAGAACGAGAGUUUCUAUUGGACAAAUGCAGGGACAUCAGGCGGUUCUUUGUAUCAAGCAAACCCGCAGCACAGAAACCAUCUCAGGAUGGAACCCUCCACACGGAGAAGGAAUCCACGAAGAAGAAGAAGAAAUCCGUCUCAACAGACGAAGAAGUGAAGAAGAAGAAACCUGGCACCAAGAUCACCAGCCCCAAGGUGGAGAAGAAGAAGGACAAUGAUAAAAAGAGAAAGAGGCGUGCUGUCAUUGAGUCAGACUCUGAGGAGGAGGUAGUGGAGCAGAAGCAGAAGGCCCAGAAACCAAACCCUCCUCUUCCUCCGGCUCCUCUUCCUCCUGCCAAGAAAGACCCGGUGCAGUACGUCUCUGAGACAGAUUCAGACAGCGAUAACUUCCUGUCUCUGAAGAAGUCCCAGGGUAAUGGAGUGACCAGACCAGGAAGCCCGGGACCAAAGAGAGCCACAGGUCCCCCGAAACCCACCCUUGCUCCCGCCACAGGGAAAGGAGGGAUGAAGAAGUCUCCUCCAGCCCCCGUCACCCCUAAAUCAGCGCCUCUGCAAACCAAACGCACCCCCACUUCUGUCCUGGACUACUUUGGCAGUGGGAGUGUCCAGCGCUCGGACAGGAAACUGGUGGCCAGUACCAAGAGGAAGACUGACCCUGAGUCGCUGACUGAUGAGGUCAUCGCCCAGCAGAUGGACGAGGACAUGGAGUUGGAGAGGCAGGUCCACGAGGACGAGGAGUUGGAGAGGCAGGUCCACGAGGACGAGGAGUUUGCCAAGACGCAGGCCACGAGGACCAGCAACCACACGCCAAGAAG